AUGACACAGCCGAAAUUGAACUUUGGGCGGAGUGCCAGCUCGGUCAACUUCCGAGCUCUCAAAAACGGCAAAAGUGUGUUUGAUGAUAAUCCGAGUCAUCGGCCCGAACACUCAACACAGUGUACUUAUAAGAUUUGCGGAUUAGUUUGCCUGUACCACAUUCUUCGAAGAGCACCCGAAUGCCAUCCAUCUCCCAGCUUGCACAAUCUUUCUAACACCUUGUCAUUCGAAUCGACAAUAGGUACGAGAAACACUGUCAUCGUCCAGCUCUCCAUAUACAGCAACGACAACACUUUCCUUAUCAAUGCUCUUACAAAAAUCGGAAAGCGGCACGGUCGUGGUGUCAUAGGCUUCGAUGCUGAUACGAUCUCCUUCAAACCCCUGCAAAAAUGGGACAAGCUUGGUGUACGGAGCGUGCGAUUGAACAUCAAGUCCAACAACAUCAAGCUCACCGAAGUCCAACUGCAGUACGCCCAGAUAAUCAAACCACUCAACUGGAUCUUUGAACUGUACAUCGGCAUGGAAGAUUUCCCGAAGCUUGAGCCCAUUGUCGCAGACCUCAGUGUCACACUUUCCAUCGCCCAUUUCGGUGCGCCAAAUCUGCCGCUUCCUGAGAACACGACUCUACCCUUGGACCCAUAUAACCUCGUUGGCUUUCAAUUUUUAGUCAACCUAUUGAAAGGCGGUAACAUAUGCCUUGAGUUCUCUGUCGCUUAUCGGUUCGACAAGGAUCCGGAGUAUCGCUGUGUUGAGGGUAUCGCACGCGGGUCGCUGAAGUUUGCUGGGGAUAGAAUUAUUUUCGCGUCAGAUUGGCCGCAUACUAGAUAUGAAGGGUUAGAUAUCAGACCAUUUCUUGAGAAGUUACUGGAUUGGACAGAAGAGACAAAAUUGAAGGAGAGGGUGUUCAAUAGGAAUGCUCAUGUACUUUGGGAUAUUCCCCUUCCUGGAUAGGAAGUAUUUC